GGACUACAAGUAAUAUAAAAAUAGGAAUUAUUAUAACUAAUUUGGAAAAUUGAUACAUUGAUUAAUCAGACCUUAAUUGUGAUUUUGUUAUCAAAACAUUUUUGGAUUAUUUUAUACUGUGAUUAGACUUUGACUUUCAAGGAGUGUUUUUAUUAGAUGCGGUGUGAUAAGGAUUUAGUUAUGGAUGAAACAUCAGAACAAUCCUGUUCAACAAAGCUUGUGGGCCAUAGUAUGCCCAAUAUUUCGGGUCAAAGUAUACCCAUUCACGAGGACUGAAUUAUGUCCAACUCUGCGGACCAAAGCAUGUCUGCAAAUGAACUAAUGCAAGCAAUGUUGCAACAGCAGGCUUUACUUAUGAAUACGUUGAAAACUAUGCAGAGUUCAAGUUCAAAUGACAAAGAAAAAGUGAUUUUAUCAGACACCGAUUCUGUGGAAAACCCGGAGAGUGUGGUUAGGAAAAAUGUAGGCAAUGUGAAGGACACUGCCCCUGCAUGCUACGACCUUGAGGAAGUGUCAUCAGAAAGUGAAGAGGAUAGUGCAGAUGAGUUUGAAGGGCUUGCUGACAUGAAAAAAUUGUAUGAUGAAAGUGACAGUGUUGGUGAAAAAAUUCAUGAUAAACUGGCUUGCAAUGUGAGCUUGUCAUUUAGAAAACGGCUGCUGAAAGAAGACCAAACUGCUAUGAUGGAAAAAUUUAAAAGACCAGAGAACUGCGAAAGCAUGACAGUCCCAAAAGUGAACGUCGUGGUUUGGGAUGAAGCCAAAGCCCAUGUGCGGGUACGGGACAUUAACUUGGCAAAGGAACAGAAUAUGAUUCUUAAAGCUUCCAUACCUAUUACACAAAUGGCGCAAAAGUGCCUUAGUAAGAAGAAACAAGAGAUCCGCGUCAGUCAAUGCACUGAUGCUCUAGUUCUGUUGUCAGCUGCAUUUAUAGAGUUGAUUUUCACAAGACGUGAAAAUUUUAAGAUGAGCAUGUCAAACCAGUACAGAAGCAGAGCAGCUCUGAGAAUGAGCCUUCAACAAAUUGGAUUUUUGCGCGAUGACCUGGCUAAACGAAUGAAAGAAAUUCAAGACACAAAAUCAGUGUCGGAAAAGCUUGUAAUGUGCAGAGAUCACGAGUUUAGCAAGUACAGAUCCAGACCUUUCUACGAAAAAAGAAAAGACUCAAAAAAGGAAAAAUAACCCUACAAACCAAAAGGUUUUUUAGGGAAGCGUCACAAGCAGCCCUUCAGACACAAGGAGAUGUAAAACUGGCAGUAUCCCAUGUUCGUCCGACUGAACAGCGUGAUAGGGCAGGCGUUACAGAAAAUACAACAAGAACAAGUGGAAGCGAUAAUUGUUGCACCAGCAUGGCCAACACAAGUUUGGUUCCCGCAAAUGAUAAAAAUGUGUAUAACAUGCCCACUUCCGUUACCAGUCAGAGACAACCUACUCAUGUUACCGGACAAAAUAUGCAGUCAUCCAUUACUAAAGAAACUACAUUCGGCAGUUUUUCGAGUCGAGUCUCAGGAGACUGUGAGUGAGCUCAAAGCCAAAGGCUUAUCAAACAAUUUUAAUGACAUCAUUUUGCAAUCAUGGAAAAGUACCACAAAAACUCAGUAUGGGGGUUAUUUCAAAAGAUGUAUUUUUGUUGUGAACGGAAUACCAAUCCCUUUUCACCACAUGUGAACAAUGUUUUAGAAUUCUUAGCUAGUUUGUAUCAUUGUGGAUUAGGUUAUAGUGCCAUUAAUACUGCAAGAUCAGCCAUCAGUUCAUUUGUCAUGACAGAUGGUCUAAAUUACCCUGUGGGUCAACAUAAUUUGGUGAAAAGAUUUAUGAGAGGGGUUUUCUUGUUACGACCUGCCUUGCCCAGGUAUAAUGUUACAUAGGAUGUAAAUAGAGUUCUUAGGUACCUUGAAAAUGUAAGUGAUGAGAAUAAUUUGAAACAGCUUACAAUGAAUGUUGUUAUGUUAUUAUGUUUAUUGUCUGGACAAAGACUGCAAUCUUUGCACUUAAUUGAUAUUAGGAAUAUUGAAUUUUCAGAUUCAUAUGUAAAAAUAAGGUACGGAGAUCUUUUAAAACAAUCCAGGCCAAAUUAUCAUUUAAGUGAAUUAAUGUUUAAGGAAUAUCCAGUCAAAACAUUGUGUAUUGUUUCUCUUCUUCGGCAGUACCUCAAAGAGACAAUACCACUUAGAGUGAAUGAACAAUCACUGUUUAUAAGUUUUUGCAAACCGCAUAGAAAAGUAUCUAUGGAUACUAUUGGACGAUGGGUGAAAGAAAUCUUAAAACAUGCAGGGAUAGACGUUUCUAUAUUCAGGCCGCACAGCUGUAGAUAAGCAUCAGUUUCUCAGGCAAAUAGAACAAGCUUGCCAUUGGCAACAAUACUGAGAACAGCAGGGUGGUCAAGGGAGUGCACAUUUAGGAAGUUUUAUGAUAGGCCAGUUACUAAUGGCACUUCGUUUGCUGAAGCUGUGUUAUCUAGAACUCAGAUCUGUUUACCUUCAACUUGAUAAAUUGCUUAACCAGGAUUUAUUUACCCAGGUGGCAGUCAAAGACUGUGGGAAAUUUUACAGAUCUUGCUAAUAGGUCACAGUACCGAUUCAUGCAUGUAAGAGGCAUUAUGCUUCACUGAUAACUGUAUAAUGACGUAAAUAAACUUGAUUCUUCCAAGUAUAAGUCAAUUAUUUCUAAGUCUUAAUUGUAGUCCCUUAAUUAGCAGUUGUAGCUGGAUGGUCUCUAAAAUU